GCCGGCCCUGCACCCAGCCCAGUGCCGGGGAGAGGAGAUGGGCGCAGGACGGGGCGUCCCCAUGGCCCAGCUGGCCCUGCUCACCCUGCUGACCUUGCCGGGUGCAGGGGCGGUGACAGUGGAUCAUGUGACCUCCCAGGCAGAGUUCUACCAGCGCACGGACCGAUCCCAGCAGGAGUCCGGGCAGUACAUGCACGAGUUCGACCAGGACGAGAUGUUCUAUGUGGACCUGGAGAGGAAGGAGACCGUCUGGCGCCUGCCUGAAUUCAGCAAGUUCGCCAGCUUCGAGGCGCAGGACGCGCUGGGCAACAUCGCUGUGGACAAGCACAACCUGGAGAUCAUGAUCAAGAGGUCCAACCACACACGGGCUGAGAAUGUGCCCCCUGAGGUGACCGUGUUCCCCAAAGGCCCCGUGGAGCUGGGGGAGCCCAAUGUCCUGAUCUGCUUUGUGGACAAGUUCUCCCCGCCCGCACUCAGCGUGACGUGGCUGAAGAACGGGCAGGAGGUGACCGAGGGCGUCUACGAGACCGACUUCUACCCCCGCCAGGACAACUCUUUCCGCAAGUUCUCCUACCUGCCCUUCCUCCCCAGCCAGGGCGACUUCUACGACUGCCGGGUGGAGCACGGGGGGCUGCCCGAGCCCUUCACGAAGCACUGGGAAGCCCAGGUGCCCACCCCCGUCCCCGAGACCACAGAGACCCUGGUGUGCGCCCUGGGCCUGGCCGUGGGCAUCGUCGGCAUCAUCGCAGGCACCAUCCUCAUCAUCAAGGGCAUGAAGAUGAAUGCCGCCCGCAACCCGCGGGGCCCCUUAUAAACAUGGGGACGAGCCGGCGCCCCCGAAUGCCCCAGGUGCCUUUGUGAGACUCACUUGCACCGCCCCCCUGCCCCAUCUCUGCCCCAGCAUCCCUGCUCCGUGCCCGUCGGUGCCAGCUGCUGUACCCAGGCAGGAGUCCCCCAGCCCCGUAACUGUGCCGAGCCAACCCGCUAAGACUCACUGGGGAGCCGGCCCCUCGGACUUCCCUCACUCACCCCCUGCUGGGCUUGGGAGGGGGGCACCUAUCCAGGGAGAGGGCUGCUGCCCAUGGGGCUGGGAAUGGGGGUCGCCUCUCGUCAGGGGGCAGCAGGGGAGAGGGCUGCUGCCCAUGGGGCUGGGAAUGGGGGUCACCCCUCGUUGGGGUCAGCAGGGCCCAUGGGGCUGAUCCAAACCCCAUUGCCGUCACAGGGAAGGUUUCUCUCGACUCCAGUGGAUGCUGGAUUGGGCCCCGAGCCUGAUCCCUAUUGGCCAGAGGCUGCUGUCAGUCACCCCUGGUAAAGUCCCUCCAGCCAUUACCCAGCAGGCUUUGGAGCAGUUUUGGCCAUCCUGGGUCAAUAGGGUCCCUGUGGGGCAGGAUUGGGCCCAUGGCUGGGGGUGAUGCAGCCCCAGCACCUGGCUAAAGGCCCCAGUGCGGGGUCUGUGUGGGAAGGGCCCAGUCUCUGUACAGCCCCCGCCCUCUGCCCCAUGUGUGUCCACAGCCCUGCGCCCCCCAUCUCGCUCUGCAGCUUUGCUAACAGCAAUAAAGUGGGUUUUUUGGGACAUUU